UCGUGAAAGAAGAGAAUCAUUUCAAAUACUGUAUUUGCUUUUUCUCUGUUCUUCUUCAGCUGCUUAAAAAUGUCUCUGCUACAUGAUCUUACCAACCUUGACCUCUCCGACUCAACGGAGAAGGUGAUCGCCGAGUACAUAUGGAUUGGCGGUUCUGGCAUUGAUAUGAGGAGCAAAGCCAGGACUCUUUCUGGACCUGUUAGUGAUCCCUCGAAGCUACCGAAGUGGAAUUACGAUGGAUCUAGCACUGGUCAAGCUCCAGGGAAGGACAGUGAAGUGAUCCUAUAUCCUCAAGCAAUUUUCAGGGAUCCUUUCAGGAAGGGAAACAACAUCUUGGUGAUGUGUGAUACCUAUACUCCGGCUGGGGAGCCAAUUCCAACCAAUAAAAGAUCGAAUGCUGCCAAGAUUUUCAGCCAUCCUGAUGUUAUUGCUGAAGAACUAUGGUAUGGUAUAGAGCAGGAGUACACCUUGCUGCAGAAGGAUGUCAAGUGGCCAGUUGGCUGGCCGAUUGGAGGUUACCCUGGACCUCAGGGACCGUAUUAUUGUGGAAUUGGUGCUGACAAGGCUUGGGGACGAGAUAUCGUUGAUGCUCACUACAAGGCCUGUCUUUAUGCAGGCAUUAACAUAAGUGGGAUUAAUGGAGAAGUUAUGCCCGGACAAUGGGAGUUCCAGGUAGGACCUUCGGUUGGGAUCUCAGCAGCUGAUGAGAUAUGGAUUGCCCGAUACAUCUUGGAGAGGAUCACUGAAAUUGCAGGAGUAGUCCUUUCCUUCGACCCCAAGCCAAUCCAGGGUGAUUGGAAUGGAGCAGGGGCUCACACUAACUAUAGCACGAAAUCGAUGAGGGAUGAAGGGGGGUAUGAGGUGAUUAAGGAAGCCAUUGAAAAGUUGGGGCUGAGACACAAAGAACACAUUGCGGCUUAUGGUGAAGGCAAUGAGCGUCGUCUAACUGGCCAUCACGAGACAGCAGACAUAAAUACUUUCCUAUGGGGAGUUGCAAACCGUGGUGCAUCGAUAAGAGUUGGUCGCGAUACGGAGAAGGAAGGGAAAGGAUAUUUUGAAGACAGGAGGCCAGCAUCAAACAUGGACCCUUACGUUGUUACUUCAAUGAUUGCGGAAACAACCAUCCUGUGGAAGCCAUGAAAACAUAAUAUCUGAGAUAUGGUCAUUUGAAACAGAAUUAAUGUUGUGAUUGUUGUUCCAUAAUUAAUAUGUUUGUACUUUGCUUUAAGUUUGGAUUUGAAUAUACAUCCAAUCCUUGUUCCAUUAUGGUCCUAAUUGUUUCUCAACUCUAAUGGACCAUUUGGACAUUUUACAUGUAUCAAUAAAACAACCAUUUU